UUCAUUUCACAUUGACAAAACGAACUGUCAUUCCAUAAAUAAUUUUCGGUUAGCUUUUUGGCAGAAAAUCUUCAAAAUUUCCAGUGAUAGAAAAAUUCUAGUAAAUCUUCAACCUCAUACAAGAAAACCAAGAUGUGUACUCCUGUCUUUAUAUCUCCAUUCAUGUCACAAUCCUGUUGUUACAUACCAAUGCCAGAAAGUAAGGAAUUCCCCUGCAUUCCGGCCAACCCAGCUCCACGAUGUCCAUAUCCUUGCCCUGCGCCCUGUGUCCCCAGCUUCCCAUCCUGCCCAUCUCUUUGCCCACCGCCACCAUGCCCAAAGCCACUAUGUCCAUCUCCAUGUAAACCCUGCUGUCCGCCACCAAAACCCUGCUGUCCGCCACCACCUGGGCCAUGUCCAGCGUGUCCACCGUGUCCAUCAUGUCCAUCGGGUCCACCAUGUCCAUCGUGCCCAUUGUGUCCACCUUGUCUAUCGUGGCCUGCGUUUCCAGUGUGUCGAUCCUGUUGUUUUUUCUGCUAUUAUAUGGUUGAGGUGUAUAAAGAGAAGGAGACUAACUUGGAAAAUGGAUUGUCCAGGAAAAGUAAGAAAGAUGAAAAGGGGGACCAUGAAGAAAAUCACGCUGUGGAUAAAAUAUCAAAAAGGAUAGGUGAAGCUUUACUAUUGAAGAUGAUCAUUGUAGUUGUUAUUGUAACUGAAUCUUCAACAUCAUACAAGAAUACCAAGAUGUGUACUCCUUGCUUUUUUCCACCAUGCAUGUCACCAUCUUGCUGUUGCUUGCCAGACCCUUGUCCAUAUUCUUGCCCUCAGCCUUGUGUCUCCUGCUUCCCAUCAUGCCCAUGUCUUUGCCCACCGCCAUCAUGCCCGAAGCCAGAAUGCCCACCACCAUCAUGUAAACCAUGCUGUCCGGCAACAACGCCGCCACCAAACCCGUGUCCAGCGUGUCCAUCAUGUCCAUCGGGUCCACCAUGUCCAUCGUGCCCAUUGUGCCCACUGUGUCCACCAUGCCCAUCGUGUCCAUCCUUCCCAUCGUGUCCACCAUGUCCAUCCUGCCCAUCGUGUCCAUCCUUCCCACCGUGUCCACCAUGUCUAUCCUGCCCACCAUGUCCACCCUGUCCACCUCGUCCGUCCUGCCCCGAAAUAUCCUUCGUGAGCUAUCCAGUUUGCCCCACGCCGACAUGUCCACCACCACGUCUGAACAAGUGUCCAUCCAGACUGGUUUGCUUCGCUUCUUGUCAUCCACCGAAGAACGAACCGUCGAGUAAACCUAGUGAAAUCGAUCUGAAACCUUGUAAAUCAUACCAGUUAAUUGGCGGUACCUAUAUGAUGGGAUGUGAUUGUAGAAAGCAUAAUGGAUUACAGGAUAGCUGUAAAAGAAGAGAAUGCCAAGGAUCCGCUCUCUGUAAGGCUCGACAGUGGGCAUGUUGUGCACCUAGUAAAUUUUCGGGUGGUAAACACUUGGAGGCGAAGAUAAAAGCAACAGAAUGUUAAUCAUGUUGAAUUUGAUACACGUCUGAGUAUUGUAAAUGAUACGUUGGAGUGUUUUGUCAAUAGUUUAAUGAAGCAAAAAUAAUAAAGAAUUUCCUUUGAAAAAAAAUACUAAAGCUAGUAAAAUAAUACUUUUUCAAACUGUUUCUUAUAUUGCAUACACCAAACGUAUUUGUCCAUUGCAGGUACAUAUAAGGUUUGUGUAUUAUUUAUAUAUUUCGUUUCAUAUUGAAACUAUCAUUUUUAUGCAAACGAUACCGAGUUGUAUUACUCCUUCAUGUUGGAUCAGGCUAUAGAGGCUCAAGAGAGUGUUAAUUCUAGUUUUUUCAAAUUUCAUAUUACUGCUGCUGAUCAUCUGCUGAAGCUUAGUCCAGGUAAGUCUUGUGUGAAUAACAAAUCAACCUCAGUUCCAUAAGCAAGACGCUGUUUGGAAGUUACAUGCUUCCCGGAUCGUAGCCUUGAUUCUAAAGUAAGUCCCAAACUUUUACAGGUGUUAAAUACCGGUAGAGUAGUAUCACCAAGUUACACACUAAAAUCUUAAAUCAAAUGAAUUAUCUGAUGCUGAAAAUAAUCACACAAGGCUUGUCUGAACUAAGCUUUAGCAGAUGAUCAGCAGCUGCAACAUGAAUUCUGGACAAACCGUAUUUAACACACUCUUGAGCCUUUUGGUGGUCAGCAUCAGAUUACUCUUCGGGUUUUACUGUGAAACUCAGUUUUACUAUUUUACCGGUAUCUUACACCUGUAAAAGUUUGGGACUUUAUUUAGAAUCAAGACUACGGUUCGAGGAGAGUAGCAUGGCCUUUAUGCAGAUCUCUUAGGUUAGGGGUGUGCUUUUGCUAUUUCCUUUUUCUAGAUUUUUUUAUGGUAUUAAACUUUCGGACUUCGAAUAUUUUUGGGGAAUCUAACAAUUCCCUACAAUGUUUUUCUUAUGCCAAAAUGAAGCCUUUGAUUGUGUCAAAUUGAAAUCUAUGUUAAAAUUGGUGAAAAUUGGAUCAUUGAAGAAGCUAAUACAAAUAAUAACAAAAUGAAAAUAGAAGUAGAUAAUAAAUGGACAUCAGAAAUAAAGAUAAAAUCCGAAAUAAGUCAAGGGACAAUCCAAGCCCUCUGUUAUUUAGCAUAAUAACGGAUGAAGUAGUUCAAGAAGCGAAAAUGCAGGACAAGGAUAUAGGCUAUCAACCAUUAGAAAUUGAUCUCGAACAACGAAGACGACGUACAGCGCAUGGUACAUGCAUUCAAAUCAGCAGCAGAAAAGUACAACAUGAAGAUAUCAACGUCCAAAUCCAAAUCUUUAGUUGUAGCAAGGUAAUACAAAAGAUGUAAAUUCGAAGAAGUUUCGAAGUUCGAAUACCAUGAGGUAGGAAUAUUCAGUUACAGAAACCUAAAAGCAUCGGUACAAAACCAAGUAACAAAGUAGCUUAUAAAAUCGGGAUGCUUAAGGGAUGUUAUCUGGAAAAAUAAAGUCCUGAGACUGAAAGGAGAAGUGAGAAUAGAUAAAACUUAGUCUCCCCGUAUAGGUAUAGUGAUUGUUUUAUGUAUUUGUUCACAGAAUAAGCUGACAUUUACAUUGAAGGGCUUUUUCAUCCAAGCAAAAUCUUUUUCAUCCUUUCUCUUCAAUAUCGGUUAACGACUUUAUAAUUAAAUCUAAAAAAAUGCAUUCUCUUGCAACGACCAUGACCAGUCCUAGCCAGAGUCGAUUUAAUAUACACCAAAUUCUCCUAGGGAGAUUGAAAGCUAGACCUUUCUCUGAAGGAUCAACUCCAUUCCGAACGCCAAAUUUCCUUGUCACUUUCAUUAGAUUGAAGAAAAGUAUUAAUCCAUAAAUGUUUGCGUGACUUUAAGCUAGCAGGAGGUACUUUUUCUCGAUUAAUUUCAGAUGAAAAAUCAUUAUUUAAAAUUCAGGAUAUUUUGCGAUUGGAGAAGACAGAGAAAACGGGAGUGAAACAGGCAUGUUAGCAGAAUUUGAGGGAUUCGAAACCAAUGGGCAAAAGACCACAAGGACGUCCCUUCAAAAGUAGACGAGACGGUUGGCAAUCUACAUCUAUAAAUACGCCUCCAGAACAAGAAAAUAUCUUCUUUUUCCUCUUCUUCUUCUUCAACCACGACAGUGGAUACUACGGGUCCGCUCGAGCAUGUACCCAGAUUUACUGUUUACUUUGUGAAACUUUCAUAUACUAUCAUUUUACAGUCGCCGUACAAUAUCCAACUUCCAUUAUUUUCUAUCCAGAGGUUUUUAGGGUAGAUUCCUUACACUCAUGAACAUAUUAUACAAAAAUUCUUUUUGGGCCUUCUUCUCCUUCUUUUAACCCAGGCUGACCAAGCAGCAUCUGCAUUAAUUAGGAAGUAUAUAAAUCGAUCAAGAACAGGACUAAGGCUCAAUAAUGUGAAAAAAAAAGAAUUCAAUAAAUUCUGUGUUUUUCAUGGAAUCACAAGUGGGCUAACUUUCAUCUGUCAUUACUCAAAUUAUAUUUCCGAAAGUGUCAGUUCUAAAUUCUAGUGAAACUUUAUCAUUAUUUUUUUCCUUUUCUCCCAAAAUUCUCAGUGUUUUUUUGCUUUGUAUUGAAAAAUUUUAAAUGGCUUGUUGCGGUCGUGCACUAGGAGGUUGUUGUAGAGGAUGUUUCAGCCCCCGUACCAUUCCUCCAUUAUCGUCCGCUCCCUGCUGUUUCAACCCAAGCGUAAGGUGUUACCCCUGUAAAUCUGUGGAAAUAAUCGGAGGAGAAUUCCUUCGAGGAUGUGAUUGUUUGAAACACAAUGGAUUACAAGAUAACUGUAGAAGAAGCGAGUGUAGAGGAAGCCCAUGGUGUAGAUCCAGACCUUGGGCAUGCUGCAGACCAAGCCAAUUUUCUGGUGGCAAGCAUCUUACAUUCAAGGCAAUGGGAAUGCAGAUGUAUUUGUCCUAAACUUUGUCCUGAAUCUAAAGGUUGUACUUUAUUGAGAUAUUGUGAUAUGUGCAUCUCUUCUAAUUAGUCUGAAACAAAUAUAACUAAAUUACAAAA